UAGGGUCGGAACAGGCGGCGGCGCGAGCGCGCACCUCCGCGUGGUGAGCGCGCCCCAGGGCCGGCUUAGCUGCUCGGGUGCGCGCGCCUCGGGGCCCUGCACCUUCUCUGUCCUGCCGGCAGCCUCCGGAGUCGGCAGUCCGUACGGGCAGGGUCAUCCAAGCAAGGUUCUUGCUCUCUCUCCCCCCCGCUCCCCUCCUCUCCGCGCCCCGUUUGCCCCAAGCCCGACCGAGCUCCGCCUCCCGCAUCUUUUCCCGGCACCAAACAACGCGUUAAUCCAGCUCUUCGUCCAAGUGCUUCGCGCUUCCGGAAGAAGGCAGCGUCACCACUUAGAGGAGACAGCGUAAGGAAUUCAUCUUUUUACCGGUGGCAUUUAAAUAUUUGUGAAAUUCAAAAAUUGUAACUGCAGUUCUGAUUCACGGAUCUUCAAGGAAAGCAGAGGAUUUACAAAAGGUGCAGGUUUGGGCAGAUUUGAAGACUGGUAUUUUGAGAACUUGUAAAACAGGAGACGUGUUUGAGAUGUGGUGGUUUCAGCAAGGCCUCAGUUUCCUUCCUUCAGCCCUUGUAAUUUGGACGGCUGCUGCUUUCAUAUUUUCAUAUAUCACUGCUAUAACACUUCACCAUGUUGACCCUGUUUUGCCUUAUAUCAGUGACACUGGUACAGUAGCUCCAGAAAAAUGCUUGUUUGGGGCAAUGUUAAAUAUUGCCGCAGUUUUAUGCAUUGCGACCAUUUAUGUUCGUUAUAAGCAAGUUCAUGCUCUGAAUCCUGAAGAGAGUCGUAUCAUCAAAUUAAACAAGGCUGGCCUUGUACUUGGAUUACUGAGUUGUUUAGGACUUUCUAUUGUGGCAAACUUCCAGAAAACCACCUUUUUUGCUGUACAUGUAUGUGGAGCUGUGCUCACCUUUGGCAUCGGCUCAUUAUACAUGUUUGUUCAGACUAUCCUUUCCUACCAAAUGCAGCCCAAAAUUCACGGCAAACAAGUCUUCUGGAUCAGACUACUGUUGGUUAUCUGGUGUGGAGUAAGUGCAUUUAGCAUGCUGACUUGUUCAUCACUUUUGUACAGUGGCAGUUUUGGCGCUGAUAUAGUACAGAAACUCCAUUGGAAUCCUGAGGACAAAGGUUAUGUGCUUCACAUGAUCACUACUGCAGCAGAAUGGUCUAUGUCCCUUUCCUUCUUCGGUUUUUUCCUGACUUAUAUUCGUGAUUUUCAGAAAAUUUCUUUACGGGUAGAAGCCACUUUACACGGAUUAACCCUCUAUGACACUGCUCCUUGCCCUAUUAACAAUGAACGAACACGGCUACUUUCCAGAGAUGUAUGAUGAAAGGACAAAAUAUACCUAUGGUGAUUAUGAUUCUCAGGGAUUGGGGAAAUAUUCAUGAAAGUUACUUAUUCUGCUCUGAAAUUUUCAACCAGUUAAUCAAGGCUGACAGUGAUAUCAAAGAAUCCUGAUAAUCAAGAGACAUGAAUUAAGCCAUUUGAUGUUGUUUUAAAGGAUAUCUUCAAGAGGACCAUGAAAAAACAUUUAUGCCUAUACUUUUUUAUCCCGGAAAAUAUAACCAAAGGACUACAAAAUUGUAGAUUUUUUUCUACCUUUUUAAGAGAAACAACCAGAAGUGCACCAAGCAGUCUGCAAAAUCCAGCUUUUCACAUUUUUAAAAACAUUACAAACCAUGUUUUGUUUGGAGCACUUAUGUGAGAUGUGUUUCAGGACCCCAAAUAAUCAGCAAUGCUCAACAGCUCCUUUAAAAUUGGGUUUUGAAGUAAUAGUUUUACCAUAUUAAUACAUUUCCUAUAGUCUUUAUGAAAUUUAUUUCCUCUGGAAUCCAACUUUAAAGGGAAGCAGACCCGAAUUCAUGUGAGCACUUUUAUUGCUUAAGCUUUGCACAAGAGAUUCUGUAGAUAUUGAUUUGAUUCCUGCCACAAGGCCAGAUAGUAUGCUAACUGGUCUAUACACAUGCUUGUGAUAGUUUCAUGAAGCUUAGUCUCUGAUAGGAAAUUUUAAUUAUUAAUGAAUGAGAAAAGUAGCUAUAGGUCAAUUUACUCCAGUUGUGUUUUGCAUAAGACAAUGGUUAGUGUUCCUACACAAGUCUGAGAAGUUUGUAAAUAACAGUAUAAUUAAAAUAAAGUCACCUCAAACUGCA